AUGUUGCAAUCAACAGAUGCUGUUCUCAAUGAUCUUUUCGAAAGCUAUGCCGAGCAAGGCUUUCUCCCAAAUUCUCUUCCACUGGCCAGACUCUCAAAUCCCUAUUACGAGACUUGGGAGGAGAUAGCCAGUCAACUCCCGAACCUCAUCCAAACGAGCCAGAUCCGUGACAAAAUCGAUCAUAUGCCCGUCUACACAACUGAACAUCUUCAAACAGAACCAGAAUGGCGACGUGCUUGUGUUAUUAUGGGAUAUUUUGCUCAUGCUUAUAUUUGGGGAGGAGAGAUCCCAAAAGAUAGACUUCCCCCUUCGGUCUCAAAGCCCUUCCUUGAAAUAUCAGCACACCUCGAACUCCCCGCCUGCGCCACCUACGCCGGCCUCACACUAUGGAACUUCGUACCUUCCAACCCAGAAGCAAACAUCACAGACCCGGACAACAUCCACGUUCGGACCUCCUUCACUGGCACAAAAGACGAGGAAUGGUUCAUGGUGAUCUCUGUGGCCGUUGAAGCCAAAGGCAUCAAGCUCAUCUCGCUGAUGCGGGACGCUUUCAAGGCAGUUGCUGCCAACGAUGUAGACCUGCUCACUGCGCUGUUGUGCAGGUUUGCCGACGGUUUAUGCGACCUCACAUUGACUCUGAAAAGGAUGUACGAGCACAACAAUCCGGCUGUCUUCUUUCACCAACUUCGGCCGUUCCUGGCUGGUAGCAAGAAUAUGGGCCAUGCUGGUCUUCCCAAUGGUGUGUACUACGAUGUUGGUGAUGGCAAAGGGGCGGAAAGACCAGAGAAUUGGCUCCAGUUGAGUGGUGGAAGUAAUGCACAAAGCUCGCUCAUCCAGGCACUUGAUAUCUUCCUUGGCAUUAAACACUCUGCGACGGAUGGGAAGCAGGCUGGUGGCCCGAGUUUUAUUCAGCAAAUGCGAGAAUACAUGCCGGGCCCACAUAGGCGCUUCCUUGAAGAUCUGUCUGCUCGAUCUAAUGUUCGUUCGUUCAUACUGGACUCGCCGGCCCAAUCGGUCAAGGAUGCAUACAACGCAGCUGUGAACGAGCUCAAGGCUUUCCGCGAUACACACAUCCAGAUGGUCACUCGAUACAUUGUCAUGGCGUCGAGACAGCCUAAUCCAAUUGAACAGGCAAAAGGCAGGAUGAAUCUAGCCACGGCUAGCUCUCAAAUGAAGGAAACGGGUGCGAACACUAAGCUUGCCGGUACGGGUGGCACGGAUUUGAUACCCUUCCUGAAAAAGACCAGAGAUACGGUUCAAGAUGCGAAGUGCUAG